AUGGGAGAAUCUGAAGAUAUCAAGUUACUCUAUGAGCCAAACGCUCCUGAUUAUCGUACUGUAGCCCAGCAGUCCCUGUUUGACAAACUAGCCCCGGACCCGUCUCUGUCUACCUUUCUAGAUAUCUUAACUCGGGUCGACGACAUCUUUGACAUAUUCAACGACACUCAAAGUGCACCUUUUACAGUCUUCUGUCCUGUCAAUUCAGCAUUUGGUGAUCAUGCUGAUGCCGACAUUAGAGCAAACCUCAAGAGCUUUUUGCGUAACCAUAUCGUGCCGACUGGGAAACUUGACUCAAAAUCGCUACAACAUACUCAAAAACUGAAUACUAUGCUCGAGGAUCAAACCAUACAGGUCCACCACCACGUAUUUCUGCGAAAGACGGUUUUGAAUGACCGAGCUACGGUAGAUACCGUUGAUCCUAUUGAAGCCGCAAAUGGAAUCGCUUACCGUAUUGAUGAAGUUCUUCGACCUGUGAAAUGA